UCUCAGGUCUGCGUUGACACCGGCCAUCCAGCACAGAGCAGCCUCGACUGCCGUAUUCAGAGAUCCCAGCUCUCCCAGUUCCUGUUUCCGCCGCAGCCUUUUUUCUUACUCGAAAUUUUUUUUUUUUUUUUCCUGGAGCAACAACUCUCGGCUGCCGCUGCGUCAGACCCAGCCUCCGCAGCCCUCCGGUCGGAUGCCGCUGGAAGCCGGUGUACCAUGCCAAGGACCCAACUCAAAUAAAAGAACCUCGUGGGACAGGAGGGAAACAGCAGGACUGUGUGGGAUAAGUUGGUCAACACGGAGCUGGGUGGAGGGGAGAAGACACCAAUCAAAACACAGACUUCAGAGCAUGCUAGCCAUGCUUUAGCACACACAGGAAAGGCUGGUUGAUUGCUGGAGAAACACCCGCUGCCUUUUAUUACACAUUUCUGAGCCACAAACGCACGCCUUUCCAUCUCAUCUGUAAUUUGCUGAACACCAUCCCUGCCAAGAUGCCGAUGCCAGGGUUGGCACUGUGGCACUUGUGGUGACGGGGCACAGAGUGUGUGUGCACAUCCGGCAGGCAGGCCGGUGGGUCGGUGGGUGUACAGGCACACCGAGAAGCAUUUUCGGGUGGGCUCGGUUGAACCAUGCGGCCCUGGGCGGGUUCAUGGCGUUGGAUUACCCUGGUGCUGCUGGCCUGGGGCACGCUCCUCUUCUACAUCGGUGGUCACUUGGUGAGAGACAGCGAGCACCCGGAGCGGUCUAGCCGGGAGCUCUCCAAGAUCCUGGCUAAGCUCGAGCGGCUCAAGCAGCAGAAUGAAGACCUGCGGCGUAUGGCCGAAUCGCUCAGGAUACCAGAGGGUCAGGCAGAAGCUGGGUCCCUGGCUGCAGGGCGACUGCGCUCCCUGGAGGACCAGUUAACCAGAGCCAAACAGAAGAUCCACAGCUUCCAGAAACUCACUGGAGAUGGCCCAGGGCCUACUCAGGAGGAGCUGCGGAGGAGGGUGGAGAACGGCGUUAAGGAGUUCUGGUACUUUGUCCGCAGCGAGGUGAAGAAACUGGCCAUUGUUGAGCCCAGCGAGAGGCAGAAGUACGCCGACACGCUCUUGCAAGACUUGGGACACCAGGAAAGGUCCAUCAUGACAGAUUUGUACUACCUCAGCCAGGCGGACGGAGUGGGCGAGUGGAGAAUGAAGGAAGCUAAAGACCUGUCGGAUCUCGUCCAGAACAGAAUCACCUACCUACAGAACCCCCCAGACUGCAGUAAGGCGAGAAAGCUGGUGUGUAACAUCAAUAAGGGCUGUGGCUAUGGCUGCCAGCUCCACCAUGUCGUCUACUGCUUCAUGAUCGCUUAUGGCACCCAGCGCACGCUCAUCCUGGAGUCUCACAACUGGCGCUACGCCCCCGGCGGCUGGGAGACCGUCUUCCUGCCUGUCAGUAACACCUGCACCGACCGCUCUGGGGCCACCACUGGACACUGGUCAGGAGAGGCCCAUGAUAAGGACGUCCAGGUUGUGGAGUUGCCAAUAGUGGACAGUCUCCACCCUCGGCCCCCCUACCUGCCCCUGGCGAUCCCAGAGGACCUGGCCCCGCGCCUGCAUCGUCUGCACGGCGACCCCUCCGUCUGGUGGGUGUCCCAGUUUGUCAAGUACCUGGUCCGUCCACAGGCGUGGCUGGAGAAGGAGAUCCAGCAGAGCACCGCAAAGCUAGGCUUCAAACACCCCAUCAUUGGAGUCCAUGUGAGGAGGACAGAUAAAGUGGGGACGGAGGCAGCCUUCCACCCCAUCGAGGAGUACAUGCUGCAUGUGGAGGAGCAGUUCCAACAUCUGGCCAGACGUGUCCACGUGGACAAGAAACGAGUUUACCUGGCUACUGACGAUCCCUCCCUGCUGCAGGAAGCCAAGACCAAGUAUCCAGACUAUGAGUUUAUCAGUGACAACUCAAUCUCGUGGUCGGCAGGCCUUCACAACCGCUACACCGAGAACUCGCUGAGAGGCGUCAUCCUGGACAUCCACUUCCUGUCUCAGACCGACUUCCUGGUCUGCACCUUCUCCUCACAGGUCUGCCGUGUGGCCUAUGAGAUUAUGCAGAUGCUGCAUCCAGACGCCUCCUCUUUCUUCUACUCCCUGGAUGACAUCUACUACUUUGGAGGUCAAAACGCCCACAACCAGAUCGCCAUCUACCCCCACCAACCACGCAACAGCGAGGACAUUCCCCUGGAGCCUGGCGACGUGAUCGGCGUGGCCGGCAACCACUGGGACGGAUACUCCAAAGGCAUCAAUCGCAAACUGGGCCGCACCGGCCUCUACCCUUCCUACAAGGUCAAAGAAAAAAUCGAGACCGUGAAGUACCCGACGUACCCCGAGGCUGACAAACUGCUCAACUCUCAAAAGAAGUAAAAGAAGAAAUGAAAAAAAUAAAAGAAGAGAAGGAGUGAGGAGAAACACGCAGACUCCGAUUCCAGGGAAGGAGGCUGCUUUUGUACAGAAGAAGAGAGGCGUACUUAGUGCGCUAAGCUGAGAAGAAAAGAAAAAGCCUGUACCCAGGGGUGAUAGGAAUGAGAAUGCACUCUGUGUGUUUAUGUGAGUGUGUGUGUGUGUGUGUGUGUGUGUGUGUGUGUGUGUGUGUGUGUGUGUGUGUGUGUGUGUGUGUGUGUGUGUGUGUGUGUGUGUGUGUGUGUGUGUGUGUGUGUGUGUGUGUGUGUGUGUGCGCGCGAACGUGUGUGUAUGAACUUGUGUAAAUGCCUGUGCAUAUGUCAGGUCAUGGAGACUUGCACCCUACCACUACUCCCCCUGCCCGAUGCUCUGACGUCGGGUCUGUAGAGAUGUAGACGUUGAACAUUGAUUUUAAAUAAAGCAAGAAAACAAUUAAAAUCCACACAACUGACCGAGCUCGCUCUCCAGAGACAGGACUGGGACUACUGUAAGACUGGCACACCCCAGAGUUAGCUUUGAAUCAAUGACUGGAAAAAAAAAGACAAACUGGAAAAAAGUGUUUUGAUUUUUAUUUAAUUCUUUUCAGUGGUUUUGAUUCUAAUCUUGCCUUUUUUUUCUUUUCUUUUUCUCCUGUUUUUUUGUUCACUGAAUGUACUGUAUCCUCUUCUUGCCAUGCCCACCGCUACCCAAUUCCCCCACCUCCUCCUCCUGCUCCACUCACUGUGCUUCCGCCAUUUCGUCUCUACAUGUGCAAUUAAUUUUAAAAUACCAUAUUGUGCUUUUAUCGAGUGUUUUUAACGGUCUUAAUUUUGUGUGUAUGGGGCUUGUGCAUUGUAUACUGUACAGUGAGCGUGUAUGCGUGCGUGGAUGGAUGUGUGUGAUCAAGUGUGCCUGUGUGUGCUGUUUAAGUCUAAGGGGCCAUGUCACGACCUGGUGCCUGGUUAUUGGUGAGCAGUGUGUGUUUUUAUUUCCGGCUUUCCUCCCGACUGAAUAGUGUUUGUGUGGCCAGCGGGAGACAGGCGGUGACAGUGGGGGAUUGUCCUGAGCCCCCCCCUAGCACUUGGAACAAUGGUGAACUCCAGUCACUCCGCUGGUGACCUCUAGUGAACAAUGGUAAGAUUAUGUGGAGUAUGGUGAACUCAUGGUGCACGCACACACCACAGACACAGGAGCCGUCCCGAGGCUCACCAAAAGAAGCACUCCACUGAGAUAGUGUCCUUCUCUGCUGUCUCUUCUGUCCAUCUGUUUGUUUGUUUUUUUUACUUUUAACAUUGCUGUUUUAAAAUAAAUGAGGAAAAAUAUGCCUAUGUUUAAAAAUGAUGAUGCUAUGUCAUAUCAAACUCAGAGUCCCCAUCAUGAAGGCUUUUUUUUUUUUCAUAAAUUAUGUUCUUGGGCAUUGUCUUUGAUAACCACAGAUCGAAUAAACUUGAGAAACCAA